UGAAAAUCAAAGAAAUUAUAAAGCAAGAAUGAAUCCAAAAUCUAAUCCAAUGGAUAUGCCUCCUAUAUUAAUGUCGGCCAUACAUGCAAUGAUUUGAUUUUGAAGCUUGUAAAAAUAUAGUCAAAAUUGAAACAUCGAUAGCAAUUACAAGACAGAAAGUCAAUUUAUUAUACAAUCAGGAAUGGAAGUAAAAAAAAAAAAAAAAACAGAAAUAAAUUGUACUAAUUUGAGAACUUUGAAUCUGUUAUUUGGGUAAAUUGAAAUUACAGAGCAUAGCAUUUGAGGUGCAUGAAGCAGGAACACUCAAUAAUGCUAGAUCCAGCCACUGAACUGCUGCCACCACCAUCUUCACCCACCAAUUCAUCCAUUUCCUCCUCUGAUCUUGACACCGAGUCUACGGGAUCCUUCUUCCAUGACAGAAGCACUACACUGGGCACUCUUAUGGGUGUCAGCUUCCCGGCCAUUACCUUCAGAGCCUCCGACAGCCAUCCACAUUCAACCAUCUCCGCCGCCGCCGCCGUGGGUGGCUCCCAGAGGGCUGCAGAGUCUAAGAAGAAGAAGGCCAUCGUGGCUGCGGAGCGCCGGCGGAAGUGGUGGUGGCUGUGUAGGGAUGGCAACGCGAGGCCGGCUUCUCUCGGUGAGUUUCUUGAGGUGGAACGGCGGUGCGGCGAUGGCGCGUUUUUUGGUACGGCGGCGGAACUUGAAGGAAUGGUGAUGGAUUCACCAAGGAACCACGGCCGGGCUUUGUUCUCAGACGGGAGGGUUCUUCCUCCGUCGAGCGUUGACGACGGAGCAUCGACGGCGGGAAGUAUUUGCAGUAGAUUUCCAGUUUUGCUCACCGGGAUCUGCAGCGGCGGCGCCGGAUAAGAUUGAGUUUGAAUUUUGAUUUUUUUUUUCCUUUUUUCUAAUAAACUGAAGAGAGAAAUAAAAAAUGGAUAAUAAUUUUUUUCUAUAAUUAUUUGUUAUUAUUACAAUUCUUGUAUGCCUGAUUUACAUGCAGACUUUUACUUUUCACUCAUAAUAGGCAUUUUUUUUUUGUCUGAGAUUAUAUAGCUUUGUGUGGUAUGAUAUGCCGAUCAU